ACAAAAAAACACUCAAACACAAGUUAUUAUUAUUCUUUGCCAGCCUUCUAAAACAACUAAACUAUCUGUGGGCGGUAAAAUAACAAUGCAUGUGGUUGUGGUAGUAUACACAUUAAUCAAAUCCCUCAUCUUCUUAUCUUUAAUCCUUUAAAAUCUUCAUAUAGAUUUCUUUCCAUUAUUUUAAUCCAUUAACCAAAGUUUCUUUAUUUCCUUCCUCGUUGUCUACUUAUCAGAACAUUACUUUAAUCCCUCAAAACUUGCUUAGUCCGUAACUCAAAGCUAGAUCCAAACUUUAGUUUUAUUCUCUAUCUCUCUCCCUCUCUUUCUCUCCAUCUUUUAUUUCCCGUCCAUUUCUAAGCUCAUUCAAAACAAAAAAAAAUAUAAAAGUUAGAAACUUAGCACAAUGGGUAUGGUAAGAGAGUCACAGUUCCAUGUUUUGGCUGUUGAUGAUAGUCAAUUGGAUCGGAAAAUGAUAGAGAGAUUGCUGCAAAAGUCUUCAUGUCAAGUAACUACAGUUGAUUCCGGCUCCAAAGCUCUAGAGUUUCUAGGUUUGAGAGAAAGUAACGACCCAAAUUCACUCGAAACUCAUCAGGAAGUUGAAAUAAAUCUCAUAAUCACAGACUAUUGUAUGCCUGGCAUGACUGGUUAUGAUCUGCUCAAGAAAGUUAAAGAAUCAGCAGCGUUUAGAAGCAUUCCUGUAGUAAUAAUGUCAUCAGAGAACGUUCCUGCUAGAAUCUCCAGAUGUCUGGAAGAAGGAGCUGAAGAGUUUUUCUUGAAACCAGUAAAGUUGGCUGAUGUUACCAAGUUGAAACCUCAUAUGAUGAAAACCAAGUUGAAGAAAGAAGGUGAGAAGGUAGCUGAAGAAGAGAAUGCAACUUCGAAACCAGAAGAAUCAUUGGUGGUUGAAAUGAUCUUGCCUCUGAAUCAAGAACUUGAGUUGGAACAACAAGAACCAAUGUUGAGUAGUAAUAAGAGGAAAGCAAUGGAAGAAGUGAUAUCUGCUGACCGAUCACGUCCUAAAUACAAUGACAUUACAACCUCGGUCUGACCCGUUCGGUGUCCUCAAUGCUUCAGAGUUUCUUUUCAUAGGAAUGCUUCUUCUGGUAAAUACAGAGAGAAUGAAGAUGGAAGAUAAAUGUAGAUGAUGAUGGUAAUGGUAACGGUAACAGUUGUUACUUGUAUUUCAUUAUAUGAAAAAUCAGCAAAUUCUCAGUUUUGAUACUUAUUAGUUUCCUGGUUUAAAACAAUCUCAAGAGUAAAUAAAAUCUACUAAGUUUUCUUGUUUAUUUAUUUAUCCAAGUUUUGUCUGAGUUUUUGUUUGUUUUGAAGCAAAAGAAAAUAUAAUUAAGCUCUAUAAGACUUCUGAAGCAUUAACAUGAAUCAUUCUUUUUUUCUUUCCCCAUAUAAAGUGGACCUCAAAACCGUUGCACUAGCAGCUACACUAUGCCAGAAGACCCUCCUACAUUUGAGUUUGGAUGCGGUAUUCGACAUAACGGAUUGAGUUUCAAGUACCCUCAGAUAUAGAAUUAGCAGGCACAUCUACUAGUGCAGUCCAAUGGACAGAUACAUGACCUAGAAGGACUUUAUCCACUGCAUUUGCAGCUGAAGCAAACACCUCAAUAUGGAAUAAGCAACGGGUUUCACUAUGGAUAAGACAGCAAAAUGGAGAAAGCAUUGACCAACAGUUAUGUCAUAACUUUGACACAAACCAAGAAUCCAUAUAUUUGGUAACUAGCAAAAAUACUUUUCUCACAGUACAAGUCUGGUUUGGUGGUAUUACAAGUACUUCAUCUCUAGAAAAUCGUAUACAAGAUGAAUACAGAGAGGUUCAACAAUCAAGUCUAGAAACUCAGAGAAGCAGAGAGAGCGGAAGCAAAGCACGAGAUUUACGAAGCUGCAAAUCUUAUAUUUGUCCCACAUCUGAAACACAAAGCUUUUCUUAGUUGUAUAUAAUAGAUAAGUUUCUAGUGUUUGAACGUCGAGCUCGGUAGCGUGGGCUUAUAAUCCAUGUGGAGACAAUAGGAUGAUAGGACGUUGGGUCGAUCUCGUUGGGCCGGGUUUGUUGGGCUUAUUAUGGCCUGCCCGUUCCAGGUUAGGAGUUGAGGCAUGCGGCUUGAGCGAAGGCUUUAGUCACGUGUUUCUUAAAGUGGGGGAGACUGCGUGAGGUUGGUUUCACAGAGCAGCGUACACCUCCCGCUCUUGACGGUGGAAGGAUAACGGGCCUUCGCCUGCCGAGCCUUACUAUGACCCAAUAAGCUGAUUCCGAUUGGACCAAUUUUUU